AUGUGCGACUCGUCAGAUCCCAAUGGGUUAUAUGACCUGUUAUCCACGUUUCUUUUGCGAGCUAAAGAAAACUUCGAUCGUUUGGUACCCACACUUAGUGUCGUUGGUGGUGGAAGCGUGGCAAGAGUACUUCGAGCGUCCUACGAUUCUAUGCUGGCUUUACGUGCCUGCUUUCAAGAGAGCACGCGGGAUACCCGGCCCACGACGAAAUACUUAGUCAAGAUAAAUCAUACUGCUGCAAUAGCGGUAGACAUAGCUUGGGAAAAGCUCCACACGGGAGCGUGGAGUGAUGCUUGUCUUGCAUGGAGGGAGCUUUAUGUAGUUGGAACGUUGCUCUUCGUGUCCACCGCCCUGCUCAUAGAAAGUAAGAAAAACGAUGAAUCAACUUGGACAUUUUCACGUGAACACCUCUCAAAACGGGUACAAAUUGCUGGUCUCCUUGGCAUUCCUAUGUAUCGUGGCGUGAUUGAGGCUACACUUCGGCAAGUUUGCAACGCACUAAAAUGUGGAUCAGUCGCCAUCGUUGGAGAACGUCAUGUUGAGAAAACGACUGUAACAAACCACCUGACAGAGAAAGUGCAACGGCCCUGGCGAAUCGGGUGCAAGCAUAACAGCAUCUCUCCUGCUAACUUUAUGAGAAGGCGGUUAGUUCGAUGGUCUUCCAGUCUGCCAUUAGGAUCUCUCAUUUGCGACGCUAAUCCAAUUCGUCGGCCAGUUCAACAGCUAUCCCGGCCAUAUCCUGCUGGUAGUUUAAGCACCGUUCCCCUCCUUGAUGACUUGCUAGGAAGUGAACCUUUCAUGAUGUCCGGCGUUGGUGAGGGAUGGCCGGCGCUAUACAAGUGGCGUGACCCUGCAUACUUAAUUGUCUCCACAGAAGAUCGAGUUGUACCUAUCGAAUGUGGUGAACACUUCUUGCACUGCACCUGGACUCAAAAAUUAAUGUCCAUGGCCGAAUUUAUGGAAAACUACGUCAGACCUGAAAAAGCUGUUCCGCAGGCGGCUGAGAUGGCUAAUCAGUUUCAUCUGAAACAGCGGAUCAGAAAACGACGGGACGCAAUGCACGCGUUUUGCGGGAGAACGGAACCUCAGGAAAUAUUCGACGAAACCGUGUUCUCGAGGUGUAGCAAGGGAUAUAUGGCGCAGCAUGACAUUUUCGAGCAUAUUCCCCGUCUUCUUCACGAUCUCGAUUUCCCAUUUUUUUGUUCCCAAGGAAGCUGUACGAGAGGUCAUUUUCCAAAGAAAAUGAUAUGGAUAGGCCCAGCUGGCACGAUAAGUCCUCUACAUACCGAUCCGCAUGCAAACCUCUUCUCGCAGAUCGCUGGCUAUAAGUAUGUCCGACUCUAUGCCCCCCGCUGUGAAACUAACCUAUACCGAAAUACCACAGCCAAGUAUUGUAAUUCGAGUCAAAUUGAGCUGCGUGGAUCUCUGAUGGGGAUGCUUUCAGAAUUUCCAGAUUUUUUAAAUGCCCCGUAUGUUGACUGUGUUCUUGGUCCUGGAGACCUACUGCAUAUCCCACCGCUACACUGGCACUAUGUACAGUCACUGACAAGUUCGGUAUCCGUGACAAUGUGGUGCCGUCCAAAAUAUGCUCAAGAAAUCUUGGACGAGUGUACUUAUCCAUGCUUCUUGCCUUUCAACCCAGCACUACUGGCGAAGGUGCGAAUGUCCAUCCUUGAUGGGUAUAAGACGUUGCUGAAGUUUGACAUGAGGCUACGCCUGUCAAACCCUUCGGCUGUGUUGUGGAAGGCAGAGAGCAUGGGAUGGCAGUUUUAUUUGGGCCCUUUUCAAGGAUCCGACUGUGGAUGUGAGAUGCUUACCCCUGUGGCUUUCUUCGGUAAGCCGCGUAAGGGCAUGCAAAUGCCAAAGUUGUGGAGGCAUAUAGUUAUCCUGAAGUGUUCAGGGCACAGAUAAAAUUUAAUCAGGUAGAUCGAGUUGUCAAGAAUUUUUAUGUCGAGCUGCCGAGUCAGCACAAGCCGAGAGAUCUUGGAUAAAGGGGUGGUGUCGACAAGACACCGUAUGUGCUGCUUGCCCGAGUGAGCAACUUUAUUUCUUCUUGGCGACCUUCUUGGCAGCCUUUUUCGGCUUCUUGGCAGCCUUUUUUGGCUUCUUGGCAGCCUUCUUAGCAGCCUUCUUGGGCUUCUUAGCAGCCUUCUUCUUGGGCUUCUUGGCGGCCUUCUUCUUCUUGGGCGCGGCCUUCUUCUUGGGCUUCUUGGGAACCUUCUUGAGUGCCUCGCCAAGCUUGUAGGAAGCCUUGACCUUUAGAAGUUUACCGGACUUGACGAGAUUCUUGAGCUGGGUUGAAAGGAUCUUCUUGAAGUUGUCCGGGAGCUUGUAGUUCGCGGCGAGGUAUUUUGCAAUUGCAGGAACGGAGGAGCCGUUCCUGUCUUUGAGAGCGAGGAUGGCAGCUUUAACCAUGUCCUCAUACUUUGGGUGCGCGGUGGCCUUGGGGGGCAUCUUUGUUGGUGUUCGUUGGAAUGACUAUGAUAUCGGAUGGGGACCUUGAAAAAAGUUUGUCGGCUAAUUAUUUGGGCGGUUUCUUUCCUCUGAAGUACAAUUGUUCUGAUUAUCGGAAAACAGUAGAUGUAGCAGCCCCCUCGAAUUCGAAUUCCGAUACAUUUACCUCACUUUUCUCCACAGUUCAACAGAUCAAGGAAAUUGAGCCUGGUCGAGAACAUGCAGUAAAUUCGUGUUUUUGGCCAAUCAAAUUGCACGGUUCGUACGGAUAGUUGAGUAUUGCCACAGAUAUUUAUGGAAUAUGAAGAUAUGGAGAUUUCGUUCGCAAGGCUUACGUCGGCAGACUAAAUCAAGGACUGCGGUAAGUUUCGAAGAAUUGGACUGAUGACAAAAACUAUUUAUAUUAUUUUAUCACCAUAAUUGCGUAAGUGCCUCCCUGUGGACGAAUGACCCAGGAUUUAUGACUCAGGAAUGACGACGCGGUCGGCUGGUUCGGGACGAAGUUUUAGACGAUUUGAUCGAUGCAGCUUCGAUGAAGAAGUGCACAUAGUUUAGAUUUGAAGCUGAAUUUUCAUCGACGGUC